CUCGACUUCACUCCCGACCCGACUCCUCCUCCUCUCCCACGCGUUGCUACUCCUCCUCCACUUCACCCCAAGAACAACCAAACACCUCUACGAACCCGACAGACACAGUUUCCUCCUCCAGAAACCCUCAACAUGCCCCGUGCAGCCGCCGCAAAAGUCCCUAAGUCCCCAAGCGCCAAGGCUACGAAGCGAGCCACCGCGCCCAAGAAGACCAUCUCCAAGGAUGCUCCCAAGAAGAAGAGAACGGCAGUGUCCAAGAAGAAAGUUUCCACUGCUGCCUCCCCCAAGCCUGCCAAGAAGUCUGUGAAGAAGACGGCAACCAAGUCCCCCAAGGCAAAGUCCCCCAAGACGACCGCCGCGAGCCCCAAGGCCGCGAGCCCCAAGAAGGCCCCGCUCGUUCGCAACACCACGUUGGCAGAGAAGGUGAAGGGAGAGACCGGAAAGCUCCGUGCUGUCUCUCGUCUCAAGGCCAAGAAGUAAACUUAAACCAGCUGAUGGUGGUGUGAUUGAACACUCCUUCUGAGCCAGCACCUCUCUUGCCCAACAUGAUCGUCAGCGAUCUGACCGGGGGAUGAUGUUUGUGUGGAGCUUGAGAAUGAGAGUUUGUGCCUGCGGAAGUAGUGUAGCUAUAAUGCGUGAAUUUCUAAUAAACCUAUCAAACACUG